AUGCUAAACGACAAACCCAACAACUUCUUCAACAAGAAGCUGAAGGAAAAAUGGGUACCAAAACCAGAAGAAAAAGAAAAACAACUUGAAGAAGAAGAAGAGGAAAAGCCACGGAGUUUUUUGUUGUUAAUGGAGGAGAAGCAACAGCAAGAGAAGAAGAUGAAGAAGAAGAAGGAAAAGGUUUAUUCUUCUCUUCCUUCAAACUAUGUCACUCUCGCUCAACUUCAAGAGCGUUGGUUGAAGCAAAAACAACAACAAAACGAAGAGAAAGGAAAAAAGGAAGAUCAUCAUCCACUAGAACAACGCCACGUGGAGGUUAUGGCUCCAACGAAUGCAACCGUUUCUAGGUUGAAUAUUCUUCAGCGUAAUCUCCGCGGAAAACGUGAAGAAUCGGCGGAUAAUCGUCGCGGAAUCGAUGUUAAGUCUGAAGAUGACCGGAAAUCGAUGAUCGGACCUGGAAUCGCCGAUAAUGUAAGAGUUUCUAGGUCGAGUCCUGUGGAGCGAAAUAGCAGCGGAAAUCGCGACGGCCCGGAGAAUAACCGUCGUGUAAUCGGAGUGGAGUCUGAAGAGAGGCGGAAAUCGCCGACCGGAGCUGUAAUCGCCGAUAAUGUAACUGUAUCUAGGUUGAAUCCUGUUGAGCGAAAUCGCGGCGGAAAUCGUGACGGCUCAGAGAAUAGCCGUCGCGGAAUCAAUGUUGAGUCUGAAGAUGGCCGGAAAUCGGUGAUCGGAGAUGGAAUCGGAGACGGAAAAGGUGAAGUGGAUAGUGAGGUGGAGGAAUCGAAGACGAAGAAGAAGAAGAAGAAGAAGAAAAACAAUGGAUGGCAAAGGAAAAAGAAUAGGGCUAAAGAGGAGGAGGAGGAGAAGAGAGCGAUUGAAGAAGGUAGUACUGCUGCAAAGGGGAAUGAAGAUGCUGAGAAAACGGAUAUGAAAAUCGAAUCGAAAGAAGUGAAGAAAUUGAAUUCGGAAACAGUGGAGGAGGAAGUGGAGCAGAAAUUUAGGGUUUUAUCAUUCAACUCUGAAAAUGGAAAACAGAAUUUGAAGUUAAAAAAAAUGAACUAUGGUUUUCCUGAUUCUCAAUCUCCGAAGAAUAAUCGCAAUGGCGCUGGUUGUCGUGCCCGUCGUGGGCAUGGGAAUUUGAAGGAGCUACAAAGCUCUAAUAUGGUUUGGGUGAAGAAGAAUGAUGACAAUGUUGGGGAAAUUGAGACCUAG